UUCCCACUGUCUGUGUUAUAAGGUCCCAUAAGAAAAAAAUUGAAAGUUCUCCGUCAAUGAUCUUUCCUCAGGGCAUGGUUACUACGAAAGUGCUGCCAUCUGCCCACACAAUCUCUAACUGAAUGGCUUACUGCAGAAACGAAGAAUUCACGUUUUAAUGGCGGAAAUGCAGAUUAAUGUAAAAUGACACGCAAACCAUGUUUCGUUUUUAAUUGUAAAUCUUCUUAUAACAAAGAAAAUGAAAGUCUUGCGUUUUUCCAUCCACCGAAGUUGUGUCUAAAUUCCUGGCAGGAAAUUAUUAAAAAGCCAGGACUCACUUGCCAGUCCAGAAUUUGCAGUAUUCAUUUUGAAGAGAACGACAUACUCAAAGGGAGAGAAAUUCAAGGCGUGUUUUACAGUUAUCCGAAAUGGAAAUUAAAAUCAGGUGCUCGGCCCAGUAAAUUGCUAGGAAAUGAUGUCAGCGUACUCGAAAGACCUGCUGCAAAGAAGUAUGUUCACAGUGAUAGGUUUAAGUCACCAUAUCGAAAUAUAACAGCAAAGUCUAAAGCUGCUAAUCCUAAGCUGCAGUUGGACAAUCAAUCAUUUUUGUCGAAUAACAACACCAAUGUAUUGAUCCCAUCACAUGCAAAGAAGUCAACGUCAAAUAGCAUAGCUAUACACCAACUUGACGCUGAAAAAGGAAAAGUAAAUGAUAUGGAAGCAGCUGAACCUGUGGCAUUACCAUGUGUAACAACAGAAGACAUGUUCCAGGAACCUACUACUGAAACACUCCUACACAUUCCACCUGAAAAAGAACUACAAUCUGAAUCUGAAUCUCAAUUGAGAGUAGAAUUUGAACCAAACGAUAUAGAAGCAGCUGAACCUGUGGCAUUACCAUGUGUAACAACAGAAGACAUGUUCCAGGAACCUACUACUGAAACACUCCUACACAUUCCACCUGAAAAAGAACUACAAUCUGAAUCUGAAUCUCAAUUGAGAGUAGAAUUUGAACCAAACGAUAUAGAAGCAGCUGAACCUGUGGCAUUACCAUGUGUAACAACAGAAGACAUGUUCCAGGAACCUACUUCUGACGAAAUUUGUAUGUCAAAAAUCAAAGCUAGUACAUCCCUACCGGAGGUUCAGUUAAUUAACUCUCAGGAAGUUCCUCUGGGAGAAUGGGAGGCUUUUCUUCGGGCUUUAAUUGAGUUAGCCAUUACGAUCGAAGCUAUAUCUCGCUGCGCUCACUUUCGUCGCGUGUUGAGCUAUUUUCCUUUGUCCUCUGCUACGAUCCAACCCUACAAAGUUGCUCUCAAGCACCAUUUUCAAGAACCUGAAAAGAGAAAGCACACUGAUAAGUGGACCAAAUCAAAACAAGCGACUGUCAUCGCCAUUUUUAAUGUACUUUUCGAUAUUGAGGACUUGCCCACUGUCAUCCAGACAUUUCUCAAUAAGAACGGAAUCAGAAGUGAAUGCUGA